UUCCAAAUAUUUUUCUUGACUGUUGUGUUGAUGAUUUAUUUCCAAACAAAUAUUUAUUGGAAACUAUUGCGUAAAACAAUUGGAAAUUAAACGAAUGCAAAAAAUAAUAAUCUAGCAAACAAGUAUGAGAAUGGAAAAUUUUAUUGUUUUUAAUUAGUUUUGAUUAUGUCUGCUCGAAACUAUUUAUCGGCACGGGAGAAAAAUAUAAGUAAACUAAUCGAUUGUUUGCCAAAUAUUAACCAACAGAAAUUCGGUUAUCGCUCAGGGCAGGAGCUGCCGCCCUUGUCAGCAAAUACGAGUAGUUUUGUGAACCGAAAUUUGAAUUAUUCGUUUGAGGUGCAACCUUAUAUGGUCAACAGUCUGGAGAGGGCCGGGACACCGUUUUCAGACUUUUUCUCGGAAAGCGAGACAGGAACUCCAGAUUUCCACAGCGAGGAGAGUGACAGCAGUUCUGGGUCUGCACUGCGCCGCAGCACAGCUGAAGCUACCAAGACAUUAGCUGCAGAGUGGGAUCGGAUUGAGAGGACUUUGUACAAUGAAGACGGGGAGAAGAGCCAACGGCCGCAGAUUGUUGAUGAGUGCAAACAGUGGAGACAGCUGCACCCACAACUCAGGAUCGUCGGCAAGGCAAUACAAUUGCCCGAAAAGCGUUUGUCAUACAGACAGAUGGAACACGACGAGGUCAUCGCUAUGCAUUACAGCGACUACGAGGAGUUUAGCGAGAGCGAGGAGCGUCUCUCGCAGAGCUCCACCGACGUCACGCCGCAGAACUCGCCGCGUGUCUCCAUCGAAGAUCUGGGCGAACACAGGCUGUCCCGGGAAAAGGUAUCCUUCUAUCCAAUGUAUAAUGACGAAACUGAUUUACCCGACGCGUUCUGCUCUCUGCUCCAAAUCACACCGAUACAAAUUCAUAGCCCCUAUAGAAAGAGACAGAACCCCUCCAUUCUGAGGUCUGAGCUAGCAUCCUCCCGGUGGAUGAGGAAUCCUAGGCCUGAUUCAUCUUUAAAUUGUGAUAGAAAUAGUGCUAAGUCUUUUGUUUCGUUGGAUACUAGAAAUUAUGGAAAUAUGGCGUUGAGCGCGUCGGAAAGAAACGUGUUAAUGAAUAAUAGAGUUGUUACUGCAAGGCAUAGAGACUUGGCCAGAUUAGAACCUAUAUGCACGCCGGAGAUACCGCAGAGCGAUGUCACUCGGCUGCCGAAUGGUAUUACAUCUCAAUAUAACAUUAGGAAGGUCUCAUUGCCGCCUUUGCUUUUAGAAGAAGAGAAGAAAAAAGUGACUGUCGGUUCUGCUAAGAAACACAAUCUUAGAACUAGGAAGUCUGUUUCUAGAGGGACGUUUCAGUUGGACAGGGUGAAACAUAAUUGACAUGUCAUUUCAAGAACUAAAUAAGUUUGUAAUUAAUUAACAUCUGAUUGUGGUUGGAGAGCAUUGCUCGAAGCCUGUUACCAACAUCGACCUUGCAACGAUUAGAUAAAAUACCAAGGAGAUGAAUGUUGCUCAUUUUGACUUAGGACCUAUAAAAGAUUGUGAUUUAUAAGUAGAAUUUACAGUAUUACCAUUAACAGAGGGCACUCUAGAACUUGAAAACUUAUAGCCAUAUCAUAACAGGUUGGUGCAUUGCCUCUCGGUUCUUGUAUAACUACGGACGAAUUUAACUGAAGGUAGGUACAGACACCAGUAGGACAACCUAUACCUUUCAUUAAAAUCCUUUUAUUAGAUUUUCAACUUAAAUGUUUUGAUAUUAACUCGUCGAGUACCGGUUUUGCAGACACAAUUACAGAACAAUAGGUUGCGGUCACCGGUGACCGCUUGGUAUUUGACAGUUUAAGUCGAAAAUCCAAAGAAGAAAGUUGACAGAUUCAGUUGACAGGUAACCCUGCUAAUUUCUGAAUCUCCGCAUCAAAUCUACUCGCCCUUGAUGUGAGUGUUUAGUUCAAUUUAUUUAAUCCUUUACCAGAUGACACCAUAAUAACGAGGGCAGGUAUUUAUACUACGGGUUUAAAAUCAAGUUCUGAUAAUUGUUGCCUUAUGUCUGUUUCUGCUUGAAGUGUUGAAGUGAAUCUAAACGCCUGGAGUAUUUAGUCAAUAUUUUUGAUGUGAUCAUAAUAGGGUAGUUUCCUAAAUUUUGUUUUAAUGUCCGUCUUGUACAUUAAUUUAAAACAAUAGACAUGU